AUGAGCCGCUCACCGUCGCCGACGAUGGGCUCAGUCGAUGCUCCUGAUGCGAUCGGCAAGCGCAAAAGGGACCUACCUGAAGAUGGCACAGACGGCGAGGCAUCCCUCACCAAUGGCGCACGACAUACUCGCCGGCCUCGUGUGUCGGCCUCACAGCUCAACGAGGACGAACAGAGCACACGCAUGCCCGUCAUCCGUGACAAUGACCCCGAACGACGCAGGGAACGAGAAAGACAGAUGGCCCUCAGGCUAGCAGAGGAGGAAGCAUUGGGCGCACCGCUCGUCAAGCCGAAGGAGAACCCGGUCGUUGAGAUGAAGAAGAUGGCUCUGACCAAAGCAGGAGGAACUUACAUACCUCCUCAUCGCCUGCGCGCAAUGCUGGCAGAGGCAAGCGAGUCCGAUCCUGCCGGUGCUGAAGCUCAGCGACUACGCUGGGACGCUCUGCGCAAGUCCAUCAACGGUCACAUCAACAAGGUCAACGUCUCCAAUAUCAAAAUGGUCAUCCCAGAGCUCUUUGUGGAGAACCUCAACCGAGGUAGAGGACUGUUUGCACGGUCCAUCAUGCGCGCUCAGUCGUCCUCUCUGCCUUUCACGCCCGUCUUUGCUGCGCUCGUCGCCGUCAUCAACACCAAGCUGCCCUCUCUCGGCGAACUGUUGCUCACGCGACUUGUCCUGCAAUUCAGGCGCUCUUUCAAGCGAAAUGACAAGCCAACUUGCCACGCUUCGGCUACCUUUAUCGCCCAUCUCGUCAAUCAGCAAGUCGCAGAUGCGACGCUGGCUUUCCAGAUCCUGCUCCUCAUGCUCAACAAUCCAACAGACGACAGUAUCGAGCUAGCAGUCGGCUUCAUGCGAGAAGUCGGAGCACAUCUGGCGGAAUGCUCGGCCAAGUAUAACGAAUCUGUCUUUGCUCGCUUCAGGGCGAUCCUCAACGAGACCGGUAUCGACAAGCGUGUACAGUAUAUGAUCGAAGUGCUCUUCCAAGUGCGCAAAGACAAAUUCGUCGACAAUCCAGCGAUUCCAGAAGGACUCGAUCUUGUCGAAGAGGCCGAUAUGAUUACUCACGAGCUCUCACUGACCGACCAGAGUCUCAAGAAUGAGGAGAUGCUCAACGUCUUCAAAGUUGAUCCCGAAUUUGAUCAGAAUGAGCAAGAAUAUGCAGCCUUCAAGGCAGAGAUCCUAGGCGAGGACGAGGAGUCUGGCACCGAGGGAUCCGACGAGGAUGAGGAAGACGAAGCCGCUGACCCGUCAAUUCCUGCACAAGUGGACAUCCAGGACCACACCUCAACCGAUCUAAUCAAUCUGCGCCGCAAGAUCUACCUGACCAUCAUGUCUGCUCUCGAUUUCGAAGAGGCUGUCCAUAAGCUGCUCAAGGUCGCUCUGCUUCCCGGUCAAGAGAUCGAGAUGUGCAAUAUGAUCGUCGAAUGCUGCUCUCAAGAACGAUCCUACUCCAAGUUUUACGGCUUCAUGGGCGAAAGACUCUGCAAGCUCAACAUGACCUGGGGCUUUGCCUUCCAAGAGUGCUUCAGAGUCUACUUCGAUACCAUCCACCGGUACGAGACAAACAAGCUGCGCAAUAUCGCCCGAUUCUUUGGUCAUCUCGUCGCUUCCAAUGCUUUGCCUUGGUCGGCGCUCGAAGUUAUCCACAUGAACGAAGACGAGACGACGUCGAGCUCGCGUAUCUUUGUCAAGAUCAUGUUCAGCGAACUCGUCGAAGAUCUGGGCCUGGCUCAAGUCAAGGCGCGCUUUCUCGAGCCAGAGAACCAGCACUUCUUCAAGGGCAUCUUUCCCACUGACAAUCCUCGUAACACUCGCUUCAGCAUCAAUUUCUGGACUUCCAUUCAGAUGGGCGCGCUCACCGAGGGCAUGCGCGAGCACCUUAAGAAUGCUCCUGCGAUAUUGAUGGCGCAGAGGAAGCAAAUCGCUGCCGAUUCAUCCGACUCCGACUCAUCGCUCUCGUCUUCAGAUUCCGACUCGGAUAGCUCCUCACUCUCGCGCUCGUCGACAUACUCGUAUGCUUCACGAAAACGCACCAACGGCAACGGAAGAGGCAGAUCGCUGUCUCGCACGCCUCCCGGUAGGCGCUCGUACGACUCUCGCUCGCCGCCCCCAAGACGCCGUGCUGACUCUCGCUCACCACCACGGAGACGUCGCGACGAUUCCCGUUCGCCUGCGCCUCGGCGACGAGACGACUCGCGAUCGCCUCCUCGAAGACGUCGUCCUGUCGAUGCGCGAUCGCCGCCAAUCCGCAGACGUGCCGGUUCUCGCUCGCCACCGCCUCCUCGCAGGCGGGCAGAUUCGAGAUCACCGCCGAGGAAGCGCUACGACUCACGAUCACCGCCGCCGCGUCGUAGGAUGGCAGACUCGCGCAGUCCUUCGCCUGUCAGACCUGCCCGGCGACAGAUCAGCCCGCUCGAGCCUUCGCGUAGAAGACCCCGCUCUCCCUCGCCCGUGAGGCAGACAAAUGGUGCUCAACGUCGCUACGACAGCCGCUCGCCACCGCCUCGCCGUCGCCGAGAGUACAGCGAUUCGCCGCCGGUCAGAAGACGUGCAAGCCCAGUACCUGUACGCAGAUCGCCCUCACCGCCGCCCGCGAGAGCAUCACCUUCGCCUCCACCACGAGUCAGUGGUUUCAUCCAUCCAGACCGACUGAGAAUGCAGCAGAUGGGAGGUCGCAGAUGA